AUGGGGGAUUCAAAGAAACCAGAAGCAAAUUUAGAGGCAAUCUAUCGCUUAGAAUUUUACAAGAAACAGAAAAAUUGGAAACUUAGUAAGGACAAAAAAAAUAAAAAAUCUGAUCAGGGUGAAGUCAUCAAGAAUCGAGUAAAUGAAACAUAUGAUGUGUUGGAACCCAAAACAAAAGUGUGCGAACUUAAUGACCGUUUCAGUAAAACAGGUUAUGGAGUUCCGUCUACUUCCAAUUGUCAACAGUCCUACACUUCAAAACCAGUUACUCCUGAUUAUCCAGCUUACAACAGCCAAAACGCAUUCCUUCCCCAGCAUGUGUAUGGUGGAAUUUGGAACUAUAGUCUUCAAGAUCAUAUUAACUCUAAACUAAAUGUACCACAAACUGAAAGCAAGUACUGGUCUGGUGGCAAGUACUGGUCUCAAGGAAAUUUUGAUUCUUACCGUAUUAAACAAGAGCACCUGAAUUUCAAUAUCUGUUCUGAAAAACCUCAAGGUUGGUUAGAUAUCAAUAAAAAUGAGAAUCAUGUGCUACAAAGUGACCAGGCGUCGCCGCAAGAUUGGCCUAAUUACACUAACGCGCUAAAAUGGUAUGACGACUACACGUUCGAAGACACGCCGGUCCCCCCAAAUAUGUGCACACGGUUGCCAGAGGGCGCAUAUCGCCGAGGAAUACAAGAAAUGAUGUGUUCCAAUGCUGAGGUCGAGUUUGACUCGAUAAGCCAAGUACCCCCUAACAGCUGGGAUGAGUUUGAGCGUGGCGCUCAUGUCGCAGCACACUCCACAGAGAGAGAAUUAAAUGUAUCAAAUGUGCUAACCGAAAAUGCAGUGGCGCAGUUGUCGCCCUCAGGAUCGAGAAAGGAUAUACCGACUGAGGCUAUUAUUAUGUGGUAUCUACAGCUCGAGGAAAUUCGACUACAGCACUUAAACUCACCUUUUUCAUUGACGCCACGAACGAACACACACGCCGGAACUGUUUGCAAUAGCUACGAGGAAUAUUUAACACGCAAUUUUAACACUUCGGCACGUCAGACGGCGUUUAAUUGUGAGACGCCGCAUCAUGAAAAGCCUUCCACCACCAAUGACUUAUUUGUAGUAGGAAGAGGCCGAGGAAGAUUACAGGUGGCCCCAGGAGUGGAUAACUAUAAAAAUAUUGAAGGUGUUAAAGGGAGGAGAAGUCCAUUUAGAUUAUAG